AUGAAGUCGCUGUUCGUGGGGAUCGCCUUGUUGGUGGCUGUGGCCGUGGCUCAACGAGAGAAGGGCAAGGGAAAGGAGGAGACGACUAAUGAAUGCUCGACCCCGGAGUGUGAACAGCAUGCCAUCAUCCAACAGCAGAGAGGUCUUCUGCGUGAACUGGUGUAUAAGCUGUUCGGAGUACUCAACCGAAUGCAGAACUCCCUCUGCAACCAGCAGAUGCUUCUCGUUCACAGUGAACCAAGACAACCAAGGCAGACUCGAGAUUCGAGCGAGGCACGAAAAUUUGAACUCUACCAAGAGACUUUGCCCGUUACUGAGAGAAAGCUCAUGGCCUGCGGACACUCCAUCUGCUGGUAUCCUGGUUGUAGGACUGCCGACAUAGCCGGCCACGAAAUGGGUCUUGUUAGCACUGAGGUCUGUGAGUUGGAGUGUCGUUCCAUGUCCUGGCCCUACAACGACCUCCUCGAACUUCAUCCCCCACAGAGCGCGUCCGCGAUCCAAUCAGAAGACAAGUGGUUUGGUAUGGGAGCCAAACGGGGCAGGGAACAGUACACAUCACCAGAAUGCGACAAUUGGAUUUUCUGCAGACACGCUUCCUGUUAUGAGAAUCAUCAAAGCCAAAUGGGCUCCAAACGUGGACGUCAAGAUUCCCAGAAGGAGAAUGGGGAUUGA